AUGGAAAUGAAACAAAUUCUCCUUCUGGCCGUGCUGACGUUGCCCAGCGGCCGGUUCGCCUCGCCCGACCCGGAGGAGGAGCUCGCCUCGCUGGCGGAGCGCCCGAAGCACGACUCCCGGUCCUCCGCGGAGGAGCAGCGGCUCGUCGAAGGCGAGGCGGGCGUUCGCUCGCCCGGCAUCCCGCGGGCCUCGUGCCUGACGAUCGGCAAGCUGGUCUACUAUCGGGGCGUGAAGCUGAUCGUCGACGUGCUGGACGAGUUCAUGAAGCAGAAGAUCAACAACUCGUUGCGGCCGAAGGCCUUCGGUUUGGACUACGACGAUCUGGAUAAUAUCGAUUUGAGCGAUAUCGAUUUCGAUGAUCUGGUGCAGAGCGAUUUCGAUGUGGAUGUCUUCGACGAGGAUUCCCUCGGGAAUAUUGAUGGUUUGAUUUUUGUUGGUGAUGAGGAUGAAGAUGAUGAUGAGGAUGUGGAUGAGGAUGAGGAGCAACGAAAGAUGGAUACGAAGAAAUCUAAUUCGAACGUUUUGCAGAAUUUUGUAAUGCCUCAGUUCGAUUACAACAUCCAGAUACAACAGCAGGGGCAAAUGCAGGAGCAAAUGGCAAUGCAGGGGCAAAUGCAGGGACCAAUGCAGGUGCAAAUGCAGGGGCAAAUGCAGGGGCAAUUUCCGGGGAACUACCCGAACGACAUGUCGCAGUUUUCCUUCAAUCCCGGGCAGUUGAACUCUUACGGACCUAUGAAUAAUUUCAAAGGUCCAGACUCGAACAGCAAUCAAUCGUUCACGCUGUCGGGGAAUUCGAACAACAGAGUACCGGCGAUGGUGGGAAGUACCGGCAAUUCGAACUACUGCCAGUCGGAUUACUUGAUCAUCCCGAUGGCCUCGAACGUUGGGAGACCGGCCACGGGGCUGUCGAGCAGCGUGGAUCGAAUUUGCGGGGGUGUUUUGGCGGCUGAUGUUACCACCAUGCCUACGCCAGUAAGAAGCAACGUGAGGCCUUUCCAUAUGUAUUUCCAUUCAGAUGGUGUGGAAGCUCCGAAUGAUAUCGAUAACAAAGGUUUCUGCCUCAAUUACAUACAAGUACCUUGUGCGAACGCUUUCACUUAAACAGGAACCUUACAGGAAAAGUACAUAUGUACAGUGGGUGUUGAACAAAUAUACGUGAAACAGGUACCCCUAAUUUUCAAUUUGUUCUUGUCAUUUUGCCAUUUGACAAUUUUAGAAAAUUCUUAGAUUUUGUAAAC